AUGGACAUCCUUUGGAAGAGUAUUCUCAGAAAGACCUUUCGUCCACUGCCAGGUUUCAUUAAACAAGGUUCGCCAUUUCGAACAACUGUAAAGAUGUCACUUUUUGAUGAGACUUCUUCGGACCUUCCUGUGAAAGACACUGACUGCCGACCAGCAGUGAUUGCAGCCAUACAAGAUGUAGCAAAAGCAGCUCGCUGCCAGAGCCAUUUGUCUAAAAAGACUCCCAAACUGAAAGAGAAAGAUCUGAAGGCUAGACGGAGAGUCUGUCUAAUAUCCCGUGAGGAGCUAGAGGACAAUUUUUUGCGUCUUCAUGAGGAAAAUCUAAUACUCAAAGAUUAUGCCAGGAAGCAAGAAGACAAAAUCAAGAGAAUGGCCACUAAGUUGCUUCGUUUGACUUCGGACCUUGGGAAACCAGGAGAAAAGAAGGCACCAGGUGCACGGAGAGAUGGAAGAGACUUAGAGGCUGAGGAAAUGAUUGAGGACUUGCAAGAGCGUGUGAGAGACUUAGAGCGUAGAAAUGAAGCCCUAAGGCAUCGACUAACUACUUACAAGCAUAGGCUGCAGUUUCAAAAUGGCUGCCGACAUUGUCCCUAUAGCACAGUAACAGCUCGGACAGAUUCCGGUGUUAGGAAAGCCAUAGUAUUGCCAGAUAAAUAUAAGAAAGGUCUAGUUGUGCAAGGGCCAGAUUUUGGACACCCACACAUGGCUGGUGAUUUUUAUGGUGAAGCUCUCAGUGAUGAAGCCAGAGCUGAUAUUGACCGACUGUUCCAGAUCAUUGGGAGACAAGCCAGUAGUGGGGAUGAUCGGUCUACAGCCUUAUUAAAAACCAUGGUUAAGCCAAAAGAAUUAGGAGCAGAGAUGAUACUUUCCCUGCAUCAAAUGCAGCAAGUGGAGGAUCAACGGACAACGAUUCAGGAAAAUGUGACAAAUAUCCGUUUACAAAAGGAACUCAGAGAAAAGAGCACAAGUCUCUGUGCCCUCAGAGAACAAUUCCAACAACUCAAAGAGUCUUAUGAGACAGAGCUACAAGAGAAGCAAAAGUCAUUGAUUCUCAGUCACAAUGCAGUGCUGAUCCAGCUAGAAAACCUCAGCUCACAACUGAAAGACGAAAGAGGAAAGGUGCUAGCUAUGGAGAUUGAUCAGCAGAACAUAGCCCAUCUUCAGAAGUCACUUCUUGAGUUUCAGGAGCGAGUCUCUGAUCUUGAGAAGGAGAAAGAACUUCUUAAAGAAAACUAUGAGAACCUUCUGAAAAGUUCCCUGGACACAGAAAACAUGAACUCCUGGAAAGUGACAGAGGUCGAGUUAAAGGCACAGAUUAAAAUGCUGGAGGGACAAAUUCAAUGUCACGUAAUUGAUCUUACACAAAGCAAGGAGCUUCUUCGGCAAGAGAAAGAGCAAAAUGAACACCUAAAAGAAGUUGUUUCUCAACUCCAGUCUCAACUCCUUGAGAAGAUGCAGGAAAUCCAUAAUCUCCAAGACAAAGUAUCAGAUCUUUUGAUUUUAACAACUACCAAGCAUGGUUUCAAGGAGGAGGACAUGAAAAGACAAAAAGCCCAGCCAACCAACGUUGAAAACAUUCAAAAGGCAACAGAAAGAAAUGUCAGAGAUCAAAAUGAUCUAUGGGAUGACCGAAAAGAAAAGACAGGAGAGAAAAGUAACCAGAGACAAUUUGAUUUGGUAUCAAAUAUGGGAAGUGCAGAUGUCCAAAGAGAGGAGAAAGAGAGGACAGAUAUGGAGGAGAAGGAGAAAAGGAGGAAAAGAAGAAUGCGGGAAAUGGAAGCAGAUCUUGCUGAGACUAUUCUGGAGUUACAGAAAACUCGUGAGAUGCUAUGCUUACAGCAUAAAAUCAACAAUGAUUACCAGGAGGAGCUGAAAACUGUAAAGCUCAGAUUAGAAUGUGAAAGUCGAGAGAAUGAGGAAAAGGUACGUCACUAUGAGACCAGACUUCUUCAGCGGAACUCCAGAGUCCAGAUGUUGGAAGCUCAGCUCAAAGACAUUGCAUAUGGCACAUUUCCAUUCAGAUUAAAUACUGAAGAGUCUCCUUCUUCUGAGGUUGAAAUCUCCCCAUCGCCAUCUCUGCAUCGUGGGGAAACUCUGUUUGAGGUUCAUAUUGAAGAGAUCUGCUUCACCCCUUAUGGCAUGAGAAUGAUUGGAGACCCUCAACCAAUCACAUUCUGCAUUUAUUCCCUCUAUGACUUUGAGACCCAUGCAACCCCUGUUGUUGCAGGAGUCAGGCCUCAUUACAACUUCACAUCUCGCUAUGCAGUAACUCCAGAUCCCGAAUUCCUGCGCUACCUGAGAGUUGGGACACUAACCCUUGAGCUUUAUCAGGUUAAAGGAGUUGACCACUAUGAGCUAGCAAGAGGACGUCUGAAACUAGAAUCCGCCCUGCAGACUACAGACAGAGUGCACGACUCUACCAUUCUAACCGACGAAGCUGGGGAGACCAUUGCGGAACUGAGCUACUGGCUGCGGCUGCAUGGACCCCUGUCCCAUGUUCAGUGUCUUCAAAGGCAAAGAAACAAAGCACACGGCUAUUUAUCCACUCGCAGACAUGGAAAUACAGAAAAGUUCUGGAAAUCACCUUUAAAUAGCGGCCUCCAGAAUGAACUGAUCAUCAAGAUAUGGGGAUGUAGAAGUCUCAAAGCAAGUUAUUUGGGCCACCAACCAAGUCCAUACAUUGUAUAUCGCUUUUACCAUUAUCCAGACCAUACGACCUCUAUUAUACCCUGUAGCAACAACCCUCAGUUUGGGUAUGAAGCGGUCUAUCCCCUACAGAUGACGAUUGAGCUGGAGCGCUAUCUCCAACAGGAGCGCCUGUGUAUUUAUGUGUUCGAUGAUGAAGAAACUCAGUCUGGAGUUUACCUGGGGAAGGCUGAGGUGCCACUUCUGAGACUGGCACAGGGAAACAGCAUUCAAGGUGAUUUUGGGCUCAUGAAUCCUCAUGGCAUGUGUGUUGGUUCGGUACAGAUUAACUUGGAAUGGAAAACUCCGUAUCAUGAGCCUGGUCAGAGCCUCUGGGAAUCAUCUAUCAGUGGUGGUAACAUAACUUCUGAGAAGGUACAAGAAUAUUCAUUACCACAGCACCAAUCUCCUAGGAAAAUGUUAUUGAAAGAAGCUUCAAGGAUUAAUUUAAACAGUUCUGGACCAUCCAAAUCACGAAAGGCUGAGGAGGAACUUCAGAGAGAUGUGAGCGCUAACAAAAGAGGAAGAAGAGAUCCUUACUCAACAGACAAUCUAGAAAGAUUCAAGCAGCAGAAAGAGGCAAGAUGUUCUCCCUCAACUCCCCAUCACCAGAGUGAUGAGAUGGACAUGAAUGUGGAGGAUAUUUUGAUAGGACCGGAAGUAAAACAGGAUGGACAUGAAGAAGAGAUAAAUGAAUCAGAUCAGCAAACAAUAUAUGUGAACUCCUUUAAACCAGUCAGACAAGUCCUACCAAAAGGCAAUACAUCAAAUAGCCUUGAUGAAUCACUCAUUACAGAUAGUGAUGAUGAUGAUGAUAUUGUCAUAGCCCCAGAACCAUUACUGACAUAUAAAUUGUCUUCAUCCAGGAUGCGGGUGGAGGUGGCCUCUCUAACUUUAGACCCUUGCUCACAUGUGGCAACUGAUAAAUCAGUGGAAAGAGUGUUUGUGGAAUUUCAUUUUCCUGGUGUUCCUCCUGAAGAAACAGAAACCCCUUUAUCACUUCGCAAGCCUAUCAAUGGUGAAGAGAUAUUUUACCAUUUCAGCAAAGUGAUCCAUCUUGCUGGUGAAAACCAUGUCGAACGUAGACGUUUCCUCAAUAUGCUUCUACAGGGAUCAGACUCUGCAGGAGAAAGAGUCAGGUUAACGUUUACAGUGGUAAGCGAUCCAAUGAAUGAAGAAGAAGAUGAGUGUCGUGAUUUAGGAUAUGCCUAUCUAGACCUGAGGAACCUAUUAAGAAGAGAUGUAGAGCCAGCAGAAGAAACUCUACAGGUUUCAAAUGUAACUGAUCCAAGAGAAAUAAUUGGAACUCUACGUGUGGUAAUAGAAGCCAGAGAAGCAGCACGGGCUGUGUACAGAGAGAGAAAAAUGAAGUCUAGAGUCCAAUGA